GAAGUCAGUAAACCACAGCCUUCAGCAUGCUCUGCUCAGGCGGCAGCAGUGGCUUUUUGGAGGUGUCUCGGCCAUGACACACAUUUGACAUGCCCUCCCUCAACCUACUUAUAGACUAUUUUUCUUGCUCUGCAGCAUGGACCAAAGAGAAAUUCUGCAGAAGUUCCUGGAUGAGGCCCAAAGCAAGAAAAUUAACAAAGAGGAGUUUGCCAAUGAAUUUCUGAAGCUGAAAAGGCAAUCUACCAAGUACAAGGCAGAAAAAACCUAUCCUACAGCUGUGGCUGAGAAGCCCAAGAAUAUCAAGAAAAACAGAUAUAAGGAUAUUUUGCCCUAUGAUUAUAGCCGGGUAGAACUAUCCCUGAUAACCUCUGAUGAGGAUUCCAGCUACAUCAAUGCCAACUUCAUUAAGGGAGUUUAUGGACCCAAGGCUUAUAUUGCCACCCAGGGUCCUUUAUCUACAACCCUCCUGGACUUCUGGAGGAUGAUUUGGGAAUAUAGUGUCCUUAUCAUUGUUAUGGCAUGCAUGGAGUAUGAAAUGGGAAAGAAAAAGUGUGAGCGCUACUGGGCUGAGCCAGGAGAGAUGCAGCUGGAAUUUGGCCCUUUCUCUGUAUCCUGUGAAGCUGAAAAAAGGAAAUCUGAUUAUAUAAUCAGGACUCUAAAAGUUAAGUUCAAUAGUGAAACUCGAACUAUCUACCAGUUUCAUUACAAGAAUUGGCCAGACCAUGAUGUACCUUCAUCUAUAGACCCUAUUCUUGAGCUCAUCUGGGAUGUACGUUGUUACCAAGAGGAUGACAGUGUUCCCAUAUGCAUUCACUGCAGUGCUGGCUGUGGAAGGACUGGUGUUAUUUGUGCUAUUGAUUAUACAUGGAUGUUGCUAAAAGAUGGGGUAAUUCCUGAGAACUUCAGUGUUUUCAGUUUGAUCCGGGAAAUGCGGACACAGAGGCCUUCAUUAGUUCAAACGCAGGAACAAUAUGAACUGGUCUACAAUGCUGUAUUAGAACUAUUUAAGAGACAGAUGGAUGUUAUCAGAGAUAAACAUUCUGGAACAAAGAGUCAAGCAAAGUAUUGUAUUCCUGAGCAAAAUCACACUCUCCAAGCAGACUCUUAUUCUCCUAAUUUACCAAAAAGUACCAUAAAAGCAGCAAAAAUGAUGAACCAACAAAGGACAAAAAUGGAAAACAAAGAAUCUUCUUCCUUUGACUUUAGGACUUCUGAAAUAAGUGCAAAGGAAGAGCUAGUUUUGCACCCUGCUAAAUCAAGCACUUCUUUUGACUUUCUGGAGCUAAAUUACGAUUUUGACAAAAAUGCUGACACAACCAUGAAACGGCAGACAAAGGCAUUUCCAAUAGUUGGGGAGCCUCUUCAGAAGCAUCAAAGUUUGGAUUUGGGCUCUCUUUUGUUUGAGGGAUGUUCUAAUUCUAAACCUGUAAAUGCAGCAGGAAGAUAUUUUAAUUCAAAGGUGCCAAUAACACGGACCAAAUCAACUCCUUUUGAGUUGAUACAGCAGAGAGAAACCAAGGAGGUGGACAGCAAGGAAAACUUUUCUUAUUUGGAAUCUCAGCCACAUGAUUCUUGUUUUGUAGAGAUGCAGGCUGAAAAAGUAAUGCAUGUUUCUUUGGCAGAACUGAAUUAUUCACUGCCAUAUGACUCUAAACACCAAAUAUGUAAUGCCUCUAAUGUAAAGCACCAUGACUCUAGUGCUCUUGGUGUAUAUUCUUACAUACCUUUAGUGGAAGAUCCUUAUUUUUCAUCACGGCCUCCAAGUGGUACCAGUUCUAAGAUGUCUCUUGAUUUACCUGAGAAGCAAGAUGGAACUGUUUUUCCUUCUUCUUUGUUGCCAACAUCCUCUACAUCCCUCUUCUCUUAUUACAAUUCACAUGAUUCUUUAUCACUGAAUUCUCCAACCAAUAUUUCCCCACUAUUGAACCAAGAGUCAGCUGUACUAGCAACUGCUCCAAGGAUAGAUGAUGAAAUCCCCCCUCCACUUCCUGUACGGACACCUGAAUCAUUUAUUGUGGUUGAGGAAGCUGGAGAAUUCUCACCAAAUGUUCCCAAAUCCUUAUCCUCAGCUGUGAAGGUAAAAAUUGGAACAUCACUGGAAUGGGGUGGAACAUCCGAACCAAAGAAAUUUGAUGACUCUGUGAGACUUAGACCAAGCAAGAGUGUAAAACUCCGAAGUCCUAAAUCAGAACUACAUCAAGAUCGUUCUUCUCCCCCACCUCCUCUCCCAGAAAGAACUCUAGAGUCCUUCUUUCUUGCCGAUGAAGAUUGUAUGCAGGCCCAAUCUAUAGAAACAUAUUCUACUAGCUAUCCUGACACCAUGGAAAAUUCAACAUCUUCAAAACAGACACUGAAGACUCCUGGAAAAAGUUUCACAAGGAGUAAGAGAUGGGGUCUUGCUAUGUUGUCCAGGAUGGGGUCUCCUAUGUUGCCAACUAAUGGACUCAAGCGAUCCUCCUGCCUUGGCCUCCCAAAGUGCUGGGAUUACAGGUGUGAGCCACUAGAAGUGAAAUUUAUCCUACAAAUAUGCUUGCAUACACAUGAAAUGACAUGUAUACCAAGUAUUCAUUGCAGCAUUAUCUGUAAGAGCAGAUGACUGGAAACAACAUAAUUAAUAGUGUUAAUUGUUAGGGGAACUGAUUAAAUGAAUCAUAAAUCAUGUUAUAUCCAUACAAAUGGAAUACUGUGCAGCUAAAGAAGAAUUAGGACUUUCUCAAUAUAUUUAUAUAUAAUUUAUUAACUUUUACUUAAAAAAAGGAAUAUGAUACAUAUGUGUAUUUACUUAUAUAUUCAUAAGUAACUCUGGAAGGAUACUAACUACAGAGGAUAAAAAACUAACAGUGGUUAUCUACAGGAGGAGCAUUAGAAACUGAGUAGUAGAUUGAAGACAAGGAUGGGAGCAUUUUUACUAGGAUUUCCUGACUUGUAAAUAAAUCAUCUAUUUUUAAAAAAAUAACUAAAAAUGUUACAAAUAAAUAAUUUAUUAAAUAUCUAUUCCAUGGAAGAGCACAUUUCUGUUAGGUGUUAGGAAAACAGAAAUGUCAUAAAGGAUAACUAUUUGCCCUUAAAAACAGUAUAGUUAAUCUGCUGGAACAGAACACCUUUGAGAAACAUGAAAAUUAUCAAGAAGAAUAAGAUGCCAUGAAGCAGAUUAAAAACAUACAUGCUGAAGAAAUGUGGAGUAAAGAAGAAAUUUGGGUAGCUUCCUUGAAGAGAUAAAUUAGAGACUCCACCAUAAAAGUGGGGGAAGGAAAUAUGGCUAACAGUAUGGAAGGUGGCCUUAGUAAAUUGAAUAUAGAAUAUGACUGGCAAAAAUUCUUGGCUAGAAUGGAAAUGGCUGUGUAUCAUGGAUAUAUUCAGAAGCCAUUGUGGAUUCUGAAAUGGUCCUAAUAAAGGAGAGAAGUGGGAAUUUCAUCCCCUCUACCCCUCUGAGUCCCUUCCCUUCCCUUCCCUUCCCUUCUCCCUUCACUUCCCUUCCUCUCUCUCUCUUUCUCUUUCUUUCUUUUUUAGACAGGAUCUUGCUCUGUUGCCCACGCUAGAGUGCAGUGGCAUAAAUAUGGCUGACUGCAGCCUUGACCUCCUGGACUCAAGUGAUCCUCCUGCAUCAGCCUUUUGAGUGGCUGGGAACACAGGUCUGCACCACCAUGCCUGGCUUUUUAAAAUUUUUGGGAGAGAUGGGGUCUCACCAUGUUGCCCAGUCUGGUCUUGAACUCCCUGGCCUCAAGGGAACCUCCCACUUGAGCCUCCCAAAGUGCUGGAAUUACAGGCAUGAGCCACUUUGCCAGCACUCCACUGCUCCCCGUCAAUACUCUGAUAGCAUAAUUAAAAAUAAAUUUAUUGGCUGGGCGCGGUGGCUCACGCCUGUAA